UCCAAGUGACAUCCCUACAUGUAAAAGGAAUCUGCGAUAGUAUAGUCUCAUAUAAUUGAAUAAUGAAUGACUAUAUUUUAUGAUAAUACUCUAUUUGCGAUGUACAAUAAUGAAACCUAAAUACACACAUAAGUAUAAUACAAUUGGCAUUUGAUUCAAUAUUUGACGAGUGACGCGGAAAGGAAGCGCGUGGACAACAGAUAUUGGAGAAAACAGUUUAAAUGUGGCGACCGACGCUCGAGUUUGUAUUUGGUCUGACACUAGGGUUUGUCUAUGCCUACUUGAAUGCUUUCUUAUUAUCUGACUCAUUCUCCAACCGACGAUCACUAAAGUGUAACUGUGCCCAGUCUAGAGACACCGUACGUGAUACGCUGCCAAUAAAAUACAGCACAAGAAGUGAACCCGCCACGGAAGAUGGUGUUCAAACUUUGCUUACAGACGUUGAUGCUACUCGCUUAACAAACUCAACAAACUAUACACGGUCAAAAAAUGACACAGGAAGCACCGAAAAUACACCAAAACGUAAUUUUCGCAUAUUUUGUUGGAUAAUGACAAGCCCAGCGAAUUUGGAGAAGCGUGCGAAAUACGUACAAAGAACAUGGGCCAGACGAUGUGAUCAGCAUAUAUUUAUAAGUUCGCAGACGAACAAAACUUUCCCUACAUUUGGUGUUGAUACAUCCGAAGGCCGGUACCAUCUGACAGAGAAAACUAUGCUUGGCUUUGACUAUGUUUACAAAUAUCAUUAUAAUGACGGUGACUGGUUCUUAAAAGCAGACGACGACGCUUAUGUCAUUGUCGAAAAUUUAAAAUAUUUUUUAUCCAAUCAAAACACAGAAGAACCGAUUUAUUUCGGUCAUCAUUUUAAACCAAUCGCUGAGCAGGAUUAUUUUAGCGGCGGGUCUGGAUUUGUGGUUAGCAAGGAAGCGAUGCGACGUUUUGGUAAAUAUGGCACCGAAUCAAAUUUAUGCAGAAAUCAACAUGGCGUAGCAGGCGAUGUAAAUUUUGGUAAAUGUAUGCGGAACUUAGGGGUCAAAGUUGGUAACUCAACAGAUAAGUACGGAAGGAAUAGAUUCCAUUGUUUUAAUCCGGAAACACAUUUGAGAGGACACUAUCCGUUAUGGUACUAUUCAUAUGACGCCAAUGGAGCCCGAUAUGGAACAGAGAGCAUGAGUAAGCACCCGAUCUCAUUUCAUUACAUGGAGAAUCAGAUUCUAACUGUCCAUCAUCUUCUAUACCACGUCAGACCAUAUGGGAUUUCAAUUGAUGUCACUGAAGAUAUUAAUCAAGAACACACGUGAAUUCCGUGCACUUUUCAGACCCAACUUCAGCAGUGUUUGAAACGCAAAUAAGAAUUGUACAGUUGAACAAUCAUGCUUAUUUAUGUCGAACAGAUCCUCGGCAUGUUUAAAAUAUUUGAGUUUGAUUUGUUUUUUAUUCAAUUACUUUUGGACUGUUGUUUUUUUUGUGGUUAAGUGUUUAUGAACACGAAAAUGUAUUUUAUAUGUAGUUUUGCGUACAUUU